CAUUGUAAACAUGGCGGCCGCUGUGUAUAGAGUUCUGUCCUUCAGUAGAAAUGCUAAGGCGCUUGUAUCACCUUUGAGGACAUCGUUGGUUGCUGUGCAGCGCUACAGUCUAGAAACAUCGAGCACUGGAGAGCAAAUUACCCACACCGGACAGGUGUUUGAUGAAAAUGAUCCAAGGCGGGCCAGGUUUGUAGGCCGACAGAAAGAGGUGAACAAGAACUUUGCCAUCCAGCUGGUGGCUGAGGAGCCAGUCAGUGCGGUUGAAGCCAGGGUGGUGUCAUGUGACGGGGGUGGAGGGGCUCUGGGCCACCCUAAAGUCUACAUCAACCUGGAUAAAGAAACCAAAGUUGGAACAUGUGGCUACUGUGGACUGCAGUUCAAGCAGACCCAUCAUCAUUGAGACUUGUCCUCAGUCCCAUUCUCUCCCCUCUGUGUGGUUUGUCAAUCUGCUUAAUAAAUUAUAUCCACUG